UCCGGUUCGAUUGGGCCAAAUUUCCGCGGUCUUGACAGAUCUCACAGCUCCGGCGGCAGAGAAACACACCCGUCAGCAGCGCGCAUUGGAGACAAAAAAAGCGUAUCACGGACAAAGGAAAUAUGGGUGCGCUGGAGAGGAUCCACCACGGCCGGGUAACACAAUGGAUGCGCCGCGUGUGUUUUAUUUGCCGGGAGACCAAUUAGCCCACCUUAAUGAGGUGCUGGGAUGCAAGAUACUGCAAGCUAAAAAGGCGGAGGGGUGCGUUUAAUCCGUCUGCGGAUCCUGUGAGCUUGCAAUGGCUGUCGCGGGAAUAUAUAAGUGGAUAGGGAAUGAUGUGCCUUUUUAUUUUAUGAUAUUUUCCUUAUGUUGUGGCCUUUCGUUUGGACAAUUGCGAUAUUCGAUUACGGAAGAACUAGAAAAUGGGGCACUGGUCGGCGAUCUGGCGCAGGACUUGGGGCUGGAUAUUCGGAAGCUCGCCACUCGAAAAAUUAGGAUAACCUCCAACAGCGGUAAACGCUAUGUGAUUGUCAACCCUAAAAAUGGGAAACUUCUUGUCAAUGAAAGGAUCGACAGGGAGUCACUGUGCGAUGCGUCCAGCACCUGCCUCAUCAAUUUGGAGUUGAUGGUCGAGAACCCCAGUGAGGUGCACCACGUCGAGGUGGAGAUUGUGGACGCCAAUGAUAAUGCGCCGCAGUUCCCCAGUGAUGAGUAUCAAGUGGAAAUCACAGAAUCAGCUUUACCGGGGUCUCGUUACCCAAUUGAAAAUGCUCAAGACCCAGACAUUGGGUCCAAUUCAGUUCGUAUGUAUCAGCUUAGCACAAACGACCAUUUUGCGCUGGUGUCUAACAAACCCUCUCUAAACACAAAGCACAUCGAGCUUGUGCUUAAAAAGCCCGUUGAUCGUGAACAGACGCCUUACCACCAAUUCAUUCUAAGUGCUGUGGAUGGUGGGACACCAGAGAAAACAGGCACAGCCAAAAUCAAUAUCCGGGUUUUGGACUCGAAUGACAAUGUCCCGAAGUUCGACAGCUCCGUCUACAAGGUGAAACUCUUGGAGAACUCGCCCAAAGACACACUGGUGAUUAAACUGAAUGCGACUGAUCCAGAUGAGGGCACAAAUGGAGAGGUGUAUUACUCUUUCAGCAGCUACACUCCUGAGAGAGUGAGGCAGAUGUUCAGCAUGGACACUAACACAGGAGAAAUAAGAGUGAGGAGCAAUGUUGACUAUGAAGAGACCAACUCCUACGAGAUGUACAUUCAGGCAAUGGACAAGGGCCCCGGAGCGGUGGCGGCACACUGCAAGGUGGUGGUAGAGGUAGUGGAUGUGAACGACAACGUUCCUCAGAUUGUGCUCUCAUCUCUGUCCAGCCCUGUGAGGGAGGACGCCCGCGCAGACACAGUGGUGGCCCUCAUUAGCGUCACUGAUCGAGACUCUGGCGCUAACAAGCAGGUGAGCUUGGAGAUCCCAGCAGGCCUUCCUUUCAAGAUCAAGUCAUUCAGAAAUUACUACACUCUGGUUACCUCAGCUUUCCUGGACCGUGAGACCACCGAUGCCUACAACGUCACUCUGAGUGCCACCGACGGAGGAAACCCUCCCCUUUCCUCACAGAAAACCAUACAGGUGGAUGUGGCAGAUGUUAAUGACAACCCGCCGCGAUUUGAACAAACUUCGUAUACCGUCUACGUGACUGAGAACAAUGCCCCUGGGGCCUCUUUGUGUACUGUGAAGGCACAGGACGCAGAUAUCAAAGAGAAUGCCCGCAUCACCUACACAGUGCUCAACGACAACAACCAUGGCAUCCCUGUCACCUCCUAUGUGUCUGUGAAGGCCGAAACAGGUGAGGCUUAUGCCCUGCGAGCCUUUGACUAUGAGUCACUGAGAGAGUUUCACUUCCAGGUCAAAGCCCAAGAUGGGGGCAUUCCUCCACUCAGCCGCGUUGCCACUGUCUACAUCUACAUAAUGGAUCAGAAUGACCACGCACCACUGAUAGUUAGCCCCCCUGGCAACGGCACGCGCUCCUUAGAGACGGUACAAAAGAACGCAGAGCCUGGCGCCAUGGUGACCAAAGUGGUGGCUUACGAUGCCGACGCUGGUCCGAAUGCCUGGCUGGUGUACGUGCUCGAGACAGCCACUGACCUGGACUUGUUCAAGGUGCACCAGCACACAGGUGAGAUCAGGACCACUCGGAGGAUCCUGGAGGACAACUCCACCUCUUUUGCUCUCACCGUUUUAGUGAAGGACCAUGGGCAGCCCAGUCUCUCUUCCACGGCCACCAUCAACGUGGCUGUAAUGGAGGUGCCCCCCAAAGUGGCGCCUGACCCCAAGCGCAUCAUCCGACCGCACAGCACGCUUCUUUUCUCCAACGUAACCCUCUACUUGAUUGUGGCUUUGAGUGCCACCACCUUUGUUUUCCUCGUCACGGUGGUGGUGCUGGCCAUAGUCCGCUGCCAUGCCUACUGCACCCAACCUGGAUCCUGCUCCCCGUGCUGCGUGUCACAGAAGCCCCCCCCCGAUGGUGGGAGCAGCAGCGUGAGUGCCGGCGGAGUAGGCGUCGGCCCACCCGGAGCACAGCCCAAUAGCAAUGUGAUGCUGCGUAGAGACCUUAAAGUGGAGCCUCACUACAUCGAAGUGCGUGGGAAUGGCUCCCUAACAAAGACGUAUUGCUACAAGACCUGCCUAACAGCCACCUCCGGCAGUGACACGUUCAUGUUCUACAACACAGGGCGUCCCAUCAGCGGCACCUGGGGCAGCGGUGCCGACCGCUUCUUCACCAGUGGAAGCGGAUUUGUACGCAGACUGAGUAUGCCCGAUGCCUCCAUGCAGCUCUGCCCAGAGCCAAAAGCCCCGAAUGCUGACUGGCGUUAUUCUGCCUCUUUGAGGGCGGGGAUGCAGAGUUCGGUCCACAUGGAGGAGUCCUCAGUGAUGCAAGGAGCCCAGGGGAUGUUGGUCCAGAACUGGCCCACUGUGUCAAGCGCUGCAGAUGGAGAUGGCGGUGAACUUUCACCCCCAGUGGGCGCUGGAGUCGACAGCAACAGCUGGCACUUCAGGUACGGCGCCGCCGGGCAGGGAUAUUGCCCUCCUCAGCCCCUGAAGCCCGGAGAGAUCCCCCCCGAAGCCUUCAUCAUCCCCGGAUCCCCAGCCAUCAUUUCUAUUCGCCAUGACGCCGGCCCCGUGGACGACAAAGGUGACUUCAUAAGUUUCGGCAAGAAGGAGGAUGCCAAGAAGAAGAAAAAGAAGAAGAAGGACAAGAAGGACAAGAAGGGAAAAGAUGACGGGGGGGACGAUUAGAGGAGAAUGGGUGACUUGAAAACAGAGCUACCAACAAACUACCAUCCCUAUUACAGUCAGAAAAAGAAAAGAAAAGCAAGACGUAUGCUGUAGAACCAAGGGAGCUUCCUUUCACCAUAUUUGCAUUGACAUUGUACAGUGGCCAAACCCUCAUAAGACGAGGCCUGGCACCCCCGCACCAUGCAAACAUGCUAAACGGAUGUUCUCUUGUUCUUGCCUCAUUUGGCCCAUAACUUCCAGGCCUGUAAAAAGGUUAACAAAUGAUCGUAGUGGGCAGGCCUCAUCCAAACAUUGGAACAACUUAAAACCGAAAAAGGGUUGUAUUGGAUACGAUCAGCCUUUCUGUGAUUUGCUGACACCCUUUCCUCCAGUUUGUAUUGUCAAAAACAAAAACACCAGACAAGGUGUAGUAUUUGUAUCUGACCAUUGUCAGCUGAGGCUGCCUGUGUUGGCAUCUCUGUCUUUAUGCAGCCCACUCGUCCUUUUUGGCUCACCUAGUCACAGGUGAAGUGGAAGCCAAACUUAAUAAAAUGAAACAGAGGCUUUUUUCAGUAGUUAUGGCGGCCUUGUAGAAAUUCAGAAAAUGUGGUCUUUUGUAAAAAAAAAUAUAUCAUAAAAAAGGAGAAAAUAACAGCGUACAGUAUAUGUACCGUAAAAUUAGCACCUUCAAGAGAACGAGGUGGCUGAGCCGCACAGGACCACACUCAAAAUGAGAGCUCUGUUUCAGUGUGACACAGCACAUUGGGGAGGCGGAGGACCUGGACGGGGUUGCACCAACUAUGCGCAAGUUUAUUCCCAGGUUAGUGUAUAGGGUAUUGGCAGAAUUGCUAGUUAAUUUGCAAUUUGCAAGUGGCUAUAUAUGUACCGUGGGUGGCAAGGGGGGAGUUCCAUGGCUGUAACUAGUUAUAACAUUAGCUAGUUAGAAAAAGCAUUGUCUUGCUGAUGGGUUUGUCAACCCCAUGGAUUAUCAGUUGACCGGAUUGGAAUAAAAAUGACGUAAAUUGGUAAAUAUAAUUCAUAUUUGACUUUUAAAGGACAAUAUUAGUUUUUGCAUGUUUAAGUUCAUUCUCUACAAAUCUACAGUUUGUACGUCACUGCUCCUAUUUUCCAAAGCAGGUCAUGUGUCUCGGCAGGCAGCCAUUGUUAGCACAAAACUAAAGUAGCCGAGACUUCACUGUUAGAAAGCUUGAUGAAUUAUUAUCAGUCAACCAAGUAUAAAAAUUCCAAUCUUGAAUGUGAAUUGGAACCAGAUUCUGUUUGAAAGAAGACACAAAUGGGAAUAUGGUGGUGUGUGAUUUGUAGAAAAUGGGCAUAAACAUCCCAAGUAGGCAAUAUAGUCCUUUAGGUUGCAAAAUGGUAUUGAAUUACUAAAGAAAAAAAAAACACACUGUGUGUUAAAAAAAAAUCCUGCUAUACUGUUAGUAAGUGCAACUAUGUAACUUGGUAUUUUUUGCACCUGCGCUUAUUUGCUUUAUUGCUUGCUUAAGUAUUUAGUUGUUACUUAAGGUUACGUUGUAACAGAUUUUUGUGGUGCUACCGCUUGUGUUUUAGCAAUGCGUGGAUAUGGAUCAGCGGUUGCUUGGGAUAUAACUGGGGAACCUACGUGCAGCUGAUGUAACCGGCCCCCCCGACACUGCCUCUUCUCUUUGAGUAUGGCACAAGUCAACAGGGUCUUAAUCCCACUGUGUUUCAGCACACCCAGUCUGACACACACACACACUCUAUUGUACACAAACACGUACUAUUCUCUCACACACACACACAUACAUACAAAACAUACCAACACACACACACACAUAUAGAUAUACUAAACAAAUAAGCGCCCCUUUCUGGAAGCUCUAGGCCAGUACCGUCCUUAAAAUGGGAGUGGAUUAUACGGCUGGGACGCAGGAACGUUACGUGUCGCUUCAUUUCUGUUCAAGCCUGAUCCCUCUACUUCUGUCUUUGAAUGUUAAGUGGUUGUUCUUUAAGCCCUGCACCACUGGCUCGACUGCUUCAGUGCUCUUAGGACUUUGCUUGCCCCGCUGCCCGUUGUCCUCCCUCUACUCCCGUUUCCUCGGAUCAACGCGGUUGGGCGACAUCUUUUAAGUCAUUCUCCUGCAACAAACUGUGCUGUCGUUAACAAGGUGGCGUUUGUGCGUUUGGAUAUUUACGCUGAGAAUGCACGCAGGCAUAUAACACGCAAACCGCGCACUGGGUCGUUCGGGUUCAACUUCGGUUGAGCUGAGAACGCUUCAGCCAGAGUGUCUCCUCGCAUAGCUCACUGUCGACGGCUCUAACAUCUCUCGCGUGUCGCAUUCUAAGGGCCUCUGACAAGUCAGCUAAAUCUGAGAUCAUGCUCUAGUGGAGAAAAGGAGACAAGAUGGAGGGGCAAAUGGAGAGUCGUUGCAGUGUAAUGUGCGGAUGCAACGGAGAAGAUGAACAACAGCAGAGUUGGGCAGGUCUUUAGUCUUUUGCCUGAGUGAACUCAGGGUGGGGCCAAAACUACUCACAAAGUAAGUCCACAGCGGUUAAGCAGCUGAGAAAGGAGGUCGGCGUGGGGUCGAGAUGAGGUGAUGAUUGCAGCCAGCAAGCAAAGAUCGACACAAGUCAAUAAUCACAGCUCGCAAACACCUGACAAAUUGACUUCAUUACUGCACACAGAUAUCAGAGAAAAUGCUCCUGGGACGCAUUGUACGGGAGAAAUGUACACGUUGCCGUGACCCAACUGUGAACUGUGUGAAGCGAUUACUCGACAUUGUAAAGCCCAGGCGUAGCAGGAGAGUCUCUGGAGCAGUAGAUGUUGGAACGGCGUCAACAUGCUCAAUAUUGUUGUAAAAUGUCACCUCUGUAUUGCUUUUUUUAAUGUCAUAAAUCGUCUUACCAGAACCAGUGAGGUUAUGUAGGUGCUGCUAUCAUGCUCGAUCCAUCCCAUGCACACUUGUCUUUUCCUCCUGCCCCGUCCUUCAGGUGUACUUCUGUGCUGUCAGAUCACCAAUUGGCUGUUUGCAUGUUAUAAGCAAAGGAAACAGAUACUAUAUAGAUACUAUAUAUACAUAUAUGAUAUGUUUUUCCACUAACAGAUUACAUAUGCAUCUGAUACACGCUCUCAAAGACAAUAGACACACAUGGAAAGUUCCACACUCAUUCUCACACUGAUACAUACACCCACAUACGCUAUUGCAAACAGUAAUUUGUGGAAAAACUUAAGAAGAAUCACAUUUUCUAUUCUGUCGAGAAUAAAUUUAAUCUUCUAGAUAUACAUAAUGCUAUUGUGUUAUGAGAUGAGAUGAUUUGUUUCUGUUUUUACUCCUAUCAUUUUUAAUGAUAUGAAAAUCAAUCCCUAAAGUCCUGUUAAUCUUUAAAAAGAUUAUCAAACAAACACCAUUGUGAAGUCAAAUAUUUAACUCACCCUCCAUAUCUAUUCCUUGAAAAAAAACAACAAAAAAAACAACAACAAAUAGAUAAAAUGAUGUAAAAAAAAAAUCAAGUUGAUGUAUUCUCUGCUUGUGUAUAGUGAAUGUUCCUCAGUCGCUGGGCGUGGCAGUGAGUGGCGCAAACACACCAGUCGACUGUGACAGUGCAGAUCUGUUAAUAACUUUUUUGUACACCUGCUUAUCAUUGUAUAGGUGAUAAUAGUGAUUCUUAUGAUUUCAGCCAUCUGGUAAUGUGUUUUGUUAGUAAGUCACCAAUAAAGUCUUUCUUAAAUAUCUUAAAAUCUGA